AUGAAAAAUGGACAGUUGUUCAAACUCGCUUACACAUUCAUUGAUAUCUGCAAGGAUUCCUCGGGUGCCUUGAAGUGUUUGGAGCUUGGAGGAGGAUUGGGGCAGCAAAAACCCUUUACACAUGCAUUCAAUAAUACACGACUACCACUUCCUCACAUCGAACAUCCGAAAGACUCUGCCGAGUACCCCCUCCGGAUCUCCUUCUUGGAUCAACAAACUGUUCAGACCGCCCAGAUCGUGUUUAUGACACAACUAUCUUACCAAUUUGAAAAUUGGGAAGACUGCUGCCGAUUCCAAGAGGUGUUGCUUUGUUCGAAGAUCAUUCUGAUGGCAGGUAUCAGCGAGGCGAAGUCAAAAGGUCGUGGAGAGGAAUGCAUAAGCCAGAACCUACGUAUUCUGCGCGGAAAAAAUGGCAAGCAAGUGAUGAUAUAUUUCGCCAAUUCACAGCGCAAAGACUUGAAGCGCUACGUGUCUAUUCCGAGUAAGCGAACACCUUGA